AUGGAUUCAAAUGAUGAUGAAUUACUUGAAGAAGGUUUUGAUGAAUCAAUAGGAGAAGAAAAUUAAGGCGAUUAGGACGAUAACUAUGAUGAUGGUUAAUAAAGCAAUGAAACUGAAUAUAAUACAUAAGUUAUUGUACCAGAUUCUUAUAAAUAAUUAAAAGCUUGUAUAGGAUGUUAUUUAAUAUUAACAGCAGAAUAAGUAAAAAUUAAAUAAGUGUUGUUAUUUUUACAAAAUAAUAAAAUAAAAAAGUGGAAAAAAAUGAAAGAUUGUCCUAAUUGCAAUGAUUAAUAUUAAUAAUAAACAACAAAAUUUUAAGGACUCUAAUGUAUUACAGAUCCAAAGAAAAGUUGGUUAACUUAUAGAAUGAAAAAAGUCAAAGAUAUACGUA